UUAUUAAUGGUAUGUAUAGCACUGGCCGUCGGAAGACCGGCCAAAAAGAGUGCCCGAAAUAAAAGUAAGUCAAACAGUGGUAGUGAUGAUAAUGACGAUGAAAACGAUGGCAAACAAAAUAGUGGUGACACUAAUGACGACAACAAAGAAGAUGAUGAUGAAGACGAAGGAAACGGUAGAAGUGAUAGCAGCGGUGAUAGUGACGGAAACGAUCAAAAAUCUGGAAAAAACAAUAAAAAUAAGGGAAAUGGAUCUAAAAAAUCUAAAAAAGGCAGUAAUCGUGAUGAAGAUGAAGACGAAGAUGAGGAGGAAGGCAAUGAAGAUGAUAGAAAUGGUGACAAAUCAAGACGUAAUAAUAAUAAUAAUAAGAGAAACCAAAAAAACAAUGAUAACGAUGACGAUUAUGAUACAAAUGAUGGUCAGGGAGAAGGAGAUGAUCGUAGAGGAGGUCGACGCCAACCAAAUCGCAAUCAUAAUAAUAGACGCAAUCGGAAUAGGGAUCAAAAUGACGACCAAAGCGGAGACAGUGGUGAUCAAGAUUACGAUAACGGAAGCAGUAGGAGAGGUGGACGCAAUAGGGGGCGUGAUAGUGGUCGUAGAGGUUCACCAAAUAAUCGUAAUAAUAAUAAUAAUAGAAAUCAACCGAAUGGACAUCCAGACAACGAGUUUGGUGAUGGUAUGGGAGGAAUGGGUGAUCCCAAUGCAAGAGGUGAUCCAACUGGAGGUAGUCUAUCUCCAGGCGGAGGUGUUGGUGAUGGUAGCGGUGGUAACGGAGCCUCUGAUUACGAUCGUUAUGGGUAUUAUGAUAUUGAUUAUAUAAUUGAGUCAGACUAUAUUGAUAAUAAAAAUGACAUUGAUCAAUUUGAACAACUCAUGUCUGACAAUAGUUACCAGAUUGGAUUUGGCGCCGGUUUUGGAGUCGGCAAAGAUAUUGGAAAAUUUUUACGUGGAUUCAAAGAUGGCGCCAAACGCAAUAUAGCCAAUCGUAACAAUAAAAAGCCCAAAAAACAGGACAAACCUAAGCCAAGGGAUGACGACAAGGAUGAAAAGGACAGGGAGGACGACGAGGACGAUGACGGAGAUAAGUUUGUACGCAGCGAUGGCAGUGUUGGUCGAGAUAAUAGUAGACGCGGUAAUAAAAAUGGAUCUGAUAAGGGAAAAGGUAGAAAUAGUAGGGAUGGUAGGGAUGGUAGGGAUGAUAACAAUGAGAAUCAACGCAAAAAUAAGGGAAAUAAAGGAGAAGAUGAUGAAGAAGAUGGAGAUGAAGAGUCGGAUGACAGAGAAAAAGGAAAUAAAAAACAUAAGAAUAGAGACAAUAAUGAGGAUGAAGACGACGAAGAAGACAAUAGUGACGAUAAAAAUAAUAGUAAAGACAGUAAAGGAAAGGGAAAUAAUGACAACAAAGAUAGCAAAGGAAAUGGAGAUAAAGAAAGUAAUAAAAAGAAAGGAAAAGGAGAUGACAGUAAUGAUGAAGAUAAUGGGGGUAAAGAAAAGGGGGAUAAAGGAGAUGAGGAUUAUGAUAGUGAAGGAAAGGAUGGUAAUGAAGAUGAUGAGGAUAAUAGUGAAGGAAAGGGAGGUAAAGGGGGUAAAGGAAAAGGUGAUGACGAUAAUGAUGAUAGUGAAGGAAAUGGAGGUAAAGGGGGUAAAGGAAAAGGUGAUGACGAUGAUGAUGAUAGUGAAGGAAAGGGAGGUAAAGGGGGUAAAGGGGGUAAAGGAAAAGGUGAUGACGAUGAUGAUGAUAGUGAAGGAAAGGGAGGUAAAGGGGGUAAAGGGGGUAAAGGAAAAGGUGAUGACGAUGAUGAUGAUAGUGAAGGAAAGGGAGGUAAAGGGGGUAAAGGGGGUAAAGGGGGUAAAGGAAAAGGUGAUGACGAUGAUGAUGAUAGUGAAGGAAAGGGAGGUAAAGGGGGUAAAGGAAAGGGUGAUGACGAUGAUGAUGAUAGUAAAGGAAAGGGAGGUAAAGGGGGUAAAGGAAAGGGUGAUGACGAUGAUGAUGAUAGUGAAGGAAAGAGGGGUAAAGGGGGUAAAGGAAAGGGUGAGGACGAUAAUGAUGAUAGUCAGGGACAGGGAGGUAAAGACAGCAAAGGAAAGGAUGAUGAUAAUGAUGAUAGUGAGGGGGAGGGAAAAGGAAAGGAUGGUAAUGGAGAUGAUGAUAGAGAGGGACAGGGAAGUAAAGGGGGUAAAAGUAAAGGUGAGGAUAAGGAUGAGGAUGAUAGUGAAAGGAAGAAAGGAAAGGGUAGUAAAAAAGAUAGGGAUGAGGAGGAAGGGGAUGAAGAAGACAGUAAAGGAAAAGGAGAUAAAGGAGACGAUGACGGAGAUAGUGAAGGGAAGGAAGGGAAUGGGAGUAAAGGAAAAGGAAAUAAAGAUAAUAAUGAAGAUAACGAGGAAAGGGAUAGUGAUAAUGGAAAGAGAGAUAAAGAUAAACAAAAAGAAAAUAAAGAUAAAAAAGAUGAAGAAGAGGAUGAAGAUAAUGACAGACAAACAGAUAAUGGAAACAAAGGAAAGGGAAAUAACAAAAAUAAUGGAGAAGAAGAUGACGAAGAAGGGAAUGAUGGGAAUAGUAAAGGAAAAGGAGAUAAAAAUAAAAGCAAAGGAAAGGGAGAUAAAGGAGACGACGAUGAAGAAGAUGAUGAUAAAGGAAAAGGAGGUAAAAGUAAACAAAAUGGGAAUAAAGACAAUGAUAGUGAUGAAGACGGGGAGGACAGACAGUCAAAGAAAAAUAAACAAAAAAAGAGAAAACAAAAUGACGAAGAAGAAGAUGAGGAGGAAGAGGGAGAGGGAGAGAGGGGAGGGAAGAGUAAGAGUAAGGGAAAGUCAGACAAACAAAGUGAUGAUCAGAAAGAAGAGGACGAUGAUGAGGACAAACAAAGUGAUAAAAAGAAUGGAAAUAAGAAAAAAGGCUCAAAAAGUGGGAACAGUGAGGAUGGAGAAGAAGAUGGAGAAGGAGAGGAUAAUAACGGAAAUGAUAGUAAAAGUGACAGUAAAUCCAAGGGAACUAAUAGGAAAACAUUAAAGGGUAGAAACAGAGGUAUCGGUACGGGUGGCGGUUCGGGUAGACGGUCUGAUUGAGUGAUUUUAUUUAUAAUAAAUCAAUCAAAAUGUACAUGGUAACUAUUUAAAUUAAAUAUAUAAUUUUUAUUUAAAUGAGCCAUCUUUUUAAUAUUUUUAUUUAAGUUAAUAUUUGUUUUAUAAUAAAAACUUAUACUCUAUUUAUAUACAGUAA